AUGGAAAGUCUCAACGCCACCGCCACCGCCACCGCCGUUACCGUGCUGGGUAUCACAGCUUAUUUGUUUUGGGCCUGGCAUCGCUUGUCGCACGUCCCGGGUCCCUUUUGGGCAUCGAUCUCCAAAUAUUGGAUGGUCCGCCAGUCGUUGCACGGCCAGAUGCACCGCGCGCUGAAGGAGCUUACGGACCGAUAUGGCUCACUGGUGCGUAUCGGUCCCAAUGACCUGGUCACCGACGACCCCGACGUCCUAAGGCACAUGAUGGCUGCCCGGUCGGCCUACUCACGUGGUCCUUGGUACGAUGCCAUGCGAUUCGACCCGUCCCGUGAUAACCUCCUGUCCAUGCGGGACAACGAGAACCACCGCAAGUUGCGGAACCAGAUGGCGGCUGGGUACUCGGGCAAGGAGAAUGAAUCCAUGGAUGGAACCAUCGACCGCCAGAUCGCGAACCUGGUUCACCUGAUCGAGACCCGCUACGUGUCGAUAGGGCCCGACUAUCGACCCAUGGAUCUCGGCCAGAAGAGCCAGUUCUUCACGCUAGAUGUGAUCAGCGACCUGGCCUUCGGCGAAGCCUUCGGCUACCUGAAGCACGACGAGGAUGUGUUCGACUACAUCCAAAUUACGGAUCGCUAUAUCCCCGCGAUGCUGGUCAUGGCCAACCUGCCCUGGCUGGCCCGGCUCACCCACACGCGUCUGUUCCGGCAUGUGCUACCGAAAGAGAGCGACAAGUUGGGAUUCGGGGCAUUCAUCGGGGUGGCCAAGAAGGUCGUGCGCGAGCGCUUCCAACCCGGUGCGGAAUCCAAGCGAGACAUGAUGGCCUCGUUCAUGCGGCACGGCCUGACCCAAGACGAGCUCGCCGGUGAGUCCCUCCUCAAUGUCAUCGGCGGCAGUGACACCGUGGCCGCCACCAUCCGCGUGGUCAUGCUGCACCUCAUGAGCGUCCCGUCCAUCUACCGCCGACUGCAAGCCGAGAUGGACGACGCCAUCGCCGAAGGCCGCAUCUCGUCACCGAUCCACAACCGCGAGGCGAGACAGCUGCCGUACCUGCAGGCCGUCAUCCAGGAAGGGCUGCGCAUCAUGCCUCCCGCCACGGGCUUGUUCAGCAAACAGGUCCCCGCCGGUGGCGACGUCAUCAACGGCAUCUUCGUCCCGGGCGGGACGCAGAUCUCCUCGUGCGCCUUUGGGAUUCACCACUCGACGAAGAUCUUUGGUGGGGAUGCGGAUCUGUUCCGCCCGGAGCGGUGGUUGGAGGCCGAGGGAGACGUGUUGGCCCGGAUGCUGAGUACGGAGGAGCUGAUCUUUCACUCGGGUGGGUUCCAGUGCUUAGGGAAGCCGGUUGCGCUGAUGGAGCUGAACAAGAUCUUUGUCGAGCUACUCCGGCGCUUUGACUUUGGGAUUGUGAAUCCGAAUCGGCCGGCGGACAUAAAGAAUGCGGGCAUCUGGAUCAUCACGAACUUCUGGGUGCGGGUGACGAGAAGAAAUCUGGGGGGAAUUGGGGGGACUGGGGGGAGCGGAAGUGGGUGA